AAAACCAACGCACCCUAGUUCGAUUGGAAAAUUGGCCGGGCAAAUCUUGUAGAGGAAGAACGAAAACACCAAGAGGCAAAAGCAGACUCAAUGGCGCCAAAGCCAACCAAAAACCGAACUCCUCCUCCGGACCCACAUGGGAUGUUCGCAGGACUUGUCGUUUUCUUGGUCGAAAACGCUGUUCAGGCUCGCCGAUUACAGAUUUGGAAGCAGAAGCUGGUGCAAAUGGGGGCUGAAAUAGAAGAGCGCUUGUCCAAAAGGGUCACUCAUGUUUUUGCUAUGAACUCAGAGGCCCUUCUCAAACAAGUGGGCACUGAACGCUUGGCACGCUUUAAGGGAAGUGUUCUCAUUUAUCAAUGGCUGGAGGACAGCUUGAGAUUAGGAGAAAAGGUAUCUGAGGAUUUGUACAGUCUUAAAGUGGACCCAGAAGGAGGUAACAGACCAGACAAAUCUUCAGUUCCUAAAAAAUCCAACGGAAACACUUCUGGCUAUGAAGAACCAUUGAAUAGCAAAAAGAUCAAACCCUCUCCUGAAGAUUCAGAAAAAACGAAUGCAGAAGAAAGCAAAGAAGAUGCAAAAAUUAAUGCUCUAUAUGACGAACCAAGUACCCCCGGAGGUUCUGAUGAGUCACCCCAUAGUAUAAGCCCAAAAAAUACCUGUCCAAACAGCCCUGAUGCUUUGAAUAAGGACAUUGGCGCGUUGCAGUCAUCCUUGCUGUAUAGUCCUCCUGAUUUAAACAAGAAUAUAACCGAGAUAUUUGGAAGGCUUAUUGACAUAUAUCGAGCAUUGGGUGAUGACCGAAGGUCAUUUAGCUACCACAAGGCUAUUCCAGUUAUUGAGAAGUUGCCCUUCAAAAUUGAAAGUGCAGACCAAGUCAAAGACCUACCCUCGAUUGGAAAGUCAUUGCAAGAUCAUAUCCAGGAGAUAGUGACAACUGGAAAGUUAUCCAAGCUGGAGCACUUUGAAAGAGAUGAAAAGGUGCGAACAAUCAACUUAUUCGGAGAAGUUUGGGGGAUUGGUCCAGCCACUGCACUGAAACUGUAUGAGAAAGGAUAUCGUACACUAGAUGAUCUGAAGGAUGAGGAGUCGUUAACGAAUUCACAAAGAAUUGGGUUGAAGUAUUUUCAUGAUAUCAAGCAUAGAAUUCCACGCCAUGAGGUCCAAGAGAUGGAGGAGCUUCUUCAGAAAGUUGGGGAGGAUAUUUUGCCUGGGGUGAUUAUCAUAUGCGGAGGAUCAUUUAGACGUGGAAAAGCUUCCUGUGGGGAUUUGGACAUUAUAAUUACACAUCCCGAUGGAAAGAGUCAUUCAGGUUUUUUAUCAAAAUAUGUAAAGCGUUUAAAGGAUAUGAAGUUCUUGAGAGAGGAUUUGAUUUUCAGUAGUCACAGUAAGGAGGGUACCGAUUCUGGUGUUGACACAUACUUCGGACUUUGCACGUAUCCUGGACGUGAGUUGCGCCACCGCAUUGAUUUUAAGGUUUUCCCAAGGGACAUAUAUGCAUUUGGACUAAUAGCUUGGACAGGGAAUGAUGUUUUAAAUAGGAGGUUGAGAUUGCUGGCAGAACCUAAAGGAUUCCGGCUCGAUGAUACAGGGCUAUUUCCAGCUACUUACAGUUCAAGCGGUAAACGGGGCACAAGAGCUACCGCAAGUUUGAAAUUUAACACAGAGAAAGAGGUGUUUGAUUUCCUGGGAUUUCCUUGGCUUGAACCACAUGAAAGGAAUCUGUGAGAUGUAGAUACUUUUGUAUGAGCUUGCUGUACAUAGGAGGAGCUCCCAAACUUCACAUUUUUGUUGCCUCAGAGAGAGGGAGAGAGUUGUAGCAUGUUUUCCCUGUAAUACACAUCAUAUAAUGGACUGGCAUGCUAAAGUUAUGUAAUGCAAACAAAGGGUGCAAAUACAUAGAUUGAUGUAUCUUAAAGUUGA